GAGGGGCCCCAGCGCGGCGGCCGCGGGCAGCCUCGCCGCCCCUGACGAAGGGGAUGCGCGGCGGCGCGCCCCCCCUCCCCGGGGCUCAUCUCGGCUCCUCCGGCUCGAUCGAUUCGAUUCCGGGCUCUCCUGCCGCCUCCCCGCUCUUCUCGAGCUGGUCCCUGCCCCCCUUGCGGGUUUUUUCCCUGGGGGCGGUCGACCCAGCGGCCACCGGCGCUCGCAUGCCGCGCUGUUCGCCGCCCUCCACAUUUAUCAGCGGCUGCACAAGGGCGGCCUUUCAGGUGCAGACGCGGCCCUAUAAGGUGGCGACCUCUGUCAGGUGCGACGAUCGAACUAUUUCGGGCUCCUUCUAGCGAGGCCGUUCCCAGCCGAGCUGGAGCUCGUGCUUCUCUCGGCGGUCGCCCUUACUGCGCGCCGCGCUGCCCUGCCCCCCCACCCGGGCCCCCUCGGGCUGCCUCUGCCAGUCGGGAGCCUUGAGAAGCUCCCCGAUGCAAGGGGCGGUGUCUCCGCAGGCGCAGGCGCGGCGCCACCGAUGCCGGCGACUCCUGCGCGGGGGCGCUCGGCCGCCAGGGCAGGUCCACGUCCGCCGUUUCGGGGUCGGUGCCGCAGGGUUUCGACCCAGGCACGCUCGCGUUGCGAAGCAGUCACGACGGGAAGUGUCUGGCGGUCGGCAUCCCGGGGGCCCUGGGAAAACGGCGGG